CGCGCUCUAAUUCGCGUGAACAACACUGGAGCGAUACCACGUCAGUUCUUGGAAGCCUUCCUCACUCAUGUUUUCCGAUCCCCCUCUUUUUUUUGGUAAACCGUUCCAGCUUUGCUGCUUUUUACAGUAAAGAUCAAAGGGGAAUCAAUGAAUUAAAUUCGAUUAGAUCUUGUUUAGUAUCAUUACUAUUACUAUUAUUAUUCAUUAUAUAUCAUACUCAACCGCCACUUUUGAGCCACACCCAAUUCUUUGAUUCUCUGAUUUGAGAUUCUGAAGAAGACCCACUUCAACUUUUCGUCUCGGAUCUAAAUCUGCAACUGGGUUUUUUCAUAAUUGAACACUUGAAGAGGGUCUGGUCUCUUUGGGAUGUCCUUUGGGAGAUGUCUGGAAAUGGGUUCUCGGUUAUAAGCUCGGAUCUUGGCUUGAUUUCGGUAAGCCAUGGAUUUUAGGCUGACAGUGAAGGUACCCAGUUUGAGAUAUUGUCUUUUUUCGUCGAGCUUGAGCGUGUUUGAUGGCACUUAAUUUGUGGCAGACGUGUAUGUGAGUUGAAUAAGAGUACGUUGUGUUGUUUUUGGUUUCUGGGUGGUGAAGAUUUUGGUUUGAAGGGUAUUGGAAAACAACAUGUUCUGGAAGGAACGUGAGAGGGAUAACAAAGAGCUAAACGGUGGUCCGCCAUGUGGGCAGGUUCGAGUACUUGUCGUUGGUGAUUCAGGUGUUGGGAAAACUUCUCUUGUACAUUUGAUUGUCAAAGGUUCUUCAAUUGCUCGCCCUCCUCAGACAGUUGGCUGUAAUGUUGAUGUAAAGCACACUACUUAUGGAAAUGCUGGCAGCUCUUCAAACAGCAUUAAAGGUGAUAGUGAAAGAGAUUUUUUUGUUGAACUUUGGGAUGUUUCAGGGCACGAGAGAUAUAAAGAUUGUCGGUCUCUUUUCUACACCCAAAUCAAUGGUGUUAUUUUUGUUCAUGAUCUCUCUCAAAGGAGAACAAAAACUAGUUUGCAGAAGUGGGCAACUGAGAUUUCUACAACAGGAACAUUUUCAGCUCCUUUAGGAUCUGGAGGACCUGGUGGCCUUCCUGUUCCAUACAUUGUUAUUGGCAAUAAAGCUGACAUCGCUGCAAAAGAGGGUACAAGAGGAAGCAGUGGAAAUCUUGUUGAUGCAGCUCGCCAUUGGGUUGAAAAGCAGGGUCUGCUCCCAUCUAGUGAGGAACUUCCACUAACAGAGUCUUUUCCAGGCUCUGGAGGGCUUCUUGCGGCUGCAAAGGAAUCAAGAUAUGACAAGGAAGCUGUGAUGAAAUUUUUUAGAAUGUUGAUCAGGAGAAGAUAUUUUUCAGAUGAUUUACCAGCUUCAAAUUCAUGGUCUGUUUCUCCAAUUCAAAGACCUGUGCAGCGACUGGAUGAAAAUUUAAGUGAUGACGACCAAUCAUACAAGAAAACAAGUUUCAGCAGCGAUCCCUACAAAUACAAUGUGCUCCCUCCUCUUCCAGCUCAACGCAAUCUGACUCCGCCUCCAACACUUUACCCUCAGCAGCCUGUUUCAGUCUCCGAAAACUAUAACCUGCCUAGAUUUUCUCUGAAUGGCUCCUCUGAAACUGGCAGUGCUGCCAGAUCAAGACGGUCGGAUAUCAAUGUUUGAUGAUUACCCUUUUUCUGCUUUAUAUUGUAGUCACGGCGAAGAAUGCAAGUUCAUUUUUUUUUGGCCUGGAUAGAUAAAAUAUUGUUGAUACAAGCUGAAACAUACUCUUUUUCUUUGGGUGGUUCAGUUAGAAACUGGUACACUUGAUUCUUUUAUAUCUACAAGUUCCUCUAUCCCAUUGUAAGUUGUAAGUGGUACUUGAUGUACUCUGUUUGGGUUAGGAUGUAUAAUGAUUGAUUUGUUCAACCCGAUUGAUUAUACGGGUAAUUCUUUCAACCAAACACUCUUGCUUUU